AUGGUCAAUGGCAAACGAACGGCCGAUGCUGCGGUCGCCGACAAGGCCGCAGACAGCGACGCUGUCUAUGUAAGCAAGCGCUCGCGCGUGUCGCGCGCCUGCGAUCAAUGUCGCUCCAAUCGCGAACGCUGCGACGGGGCCAAGCCAUGCCAGACGUGCAUAACGCAAUCGCGAGGAUGCUCCUACGAGGCGACGCCGAAGAAGCGUGGGAUUCAGCCAAACUACAUUCGCACCCUCGAGGUCACUCUGGCCUGGCUGUUCCACACCUAUCCGCAGGCGGAGCUCGGCUUGACGAGCAGUUUGACCCACGACGACGGCGAUGCGGGUAAAGCCAUAGGGUGGAAAGAAUCCAAGACGGCCGAGGCCCUGCACCAGGCGUGGAGGAAGUCUCCAUUACCAAAGCAACUCGAUCAAUUGCUCUCGGGCGAGCCGGUCACCACCGAAGGCGAAUAUAUUGGAGGCAGUACGACCAUGAAUGACGUGAACAACACCGGCUUGGCCUUGUCUCCGCCAUCUCGAACGACUUCCCUGGACCUGCAUCCUCCCUCGAGAGCGGCUGCUAAUCUCGACGAGAUACUGACAUCCAACCCUGGCCCCCGUCUCUCAGCGCCUGGAACUGCUCCCGUCCUUGUGAAACUUCCCGAGAAUGCGUGGGAGUUAUUAGAGUACUACUUCGCCUUCACCAAUGCUUGGCUGCCAGUCACCGAAAAGCACAUUCAGCUUAAGCUUAUGUACACCUAUCCCCGCGAGGGCCUGACCGGCGACCAGAUUCGUGCACCGGAGCACGCAGAGCUUUGGAGUAUCUUGGCCUUGGCGUCCUCGCAAACCUCUUCUGACCCCGAGCAAUCUCGUUGGAUACGAGACACAGCCGAGAGUCUGAUCCCUACAGUCGGCAAAGACACCGCUUACGAGAUUCCGCACAUCAGAGCACUGCUCGUAAUGGUGCUGCUUGACAUGAGCGAGCAGCGUACACUGGCUGCAUGGCUACGGAUCGGCAGCGUCGUCUCACUACUGCUUCUCUUCCGACUUAUGAACAAAUUGGGACAAACAACGAAAUGGUGCCGACAUUUGCAGCUAGCCGCCUUUGUUCUGGAGAGCGCGCUUGCGUGUCACUUGAGAGUACCUACGCAUCUUCGACACUCGUAUGUCAAUCAAGUAGGCUUUGUGGAAGAAGACGGGCUCGAGGAGUGGUCGCCGUGGUACGAUCCAAUGACUUAUGCUCCGGAAUCAGGCCUGAAACCUCCAAUCAGGGCGCUGAGCACGCUGAAUGCACUUGUGCGGAUCGCAUUGACCUCGCUGGCCAACAACGACACUGAUCUCACCGGUGCUGCCGCUGCGGAAAGCUCGGCAGGGUCGGGUAUUAUGGUCGUUUUUUCUUUGCUGGAAAACGCCUCUUCCAAACACACAAGAGUGCAGCCAUGCCUGCUCCUUGGCCAGACUGGGUACCAAGGCGUCUUGUCCACGACGGCGAUGCAGUCCCAUGAUCAGAGUGACUUGGUCAGACCAACAGCCGAUCAAAUUAGUACGAUGCUCUCUGGCAUGACGCCUACACCGCUUCAACCCCUGGGUAUCGCCGACUUUCAAAGUCCCCAGCUGAGAACGCAUUCGCCAGCCGGUGGGCAUAUCGAAUCGGUCCACGAUGUCGCGUUACUGGCAUAUCCCCACGCAGCUACCUCUCAGGCUGGGUUUGACGGAAGCACAUUUGGAAGCUUCCCAACGCCCGUGAAUGUGUUUGAGGAGUUUGAUGACAUACUGGAACACGAGGAUGCGGGUCAGCAGUCGCAAUUCUAUAAGAAUCUUGGCUUUGCGCCCGAUGUGGUACUUGCAGAGUUCUUUGGCGAAGACUACCAGCCUACGGACCCUUUACUCGCGUACUUGAAUCCUUCACUAUACGGAAUGGAGCAGCGGUUGGCUGGAGGGACAUCCUGGCCGGACGCUAUCGGCAGGGGAUGA